AUGCGUCCUGAAAGUUCUGCUUGCAUAAAUUCCAGUGAAAUGAAGAGCCAAUCCCUUGAUAUGAGUGAAGAGUUGGUCUCUGUUGUCUCUGACGACGAUGACUUCAUGAAUAAUCUUGAGGAAAAUCAUCUUGAGGAAAACGAGGAUGAGAGCGAUAGAAUCAUGUUUGACGACAAGAUUGCCAAUGUCAUUUCCAAACAAAUGCCACCCAAUGCCUCUGAUCCCCAAAACGUCGAUUCCUUGAUUGCCUUUCAGAUGGCUAAGCUAUCAGUGGCUGAUCGAGAAAAGGCAUACAUGGACGUUCAUGGGAUACCAGAUCUUGUAGAAGAAUCCCCAGAACUAAUUCAGAAGAGUUUGUCGGAAUUGGAACACGAGAUCGACAUGCUACCUGACAAGAAGGCCUACAGCAUCGCUGAAAGGCUGGAUCCGGAAUAUGUUCGGGAUCGAGACUUCUGUCUCGCCUUCCUUCGAUGCGAGAAGUUUGACUGUCAAAAGGCAGCUCUGCGGAUCAUACGACAUUUUCAGACAAAACUGGAUUUAUUUGGUGAGGAUAAACUUGCAAUGGACAUCACUCAAGACGAUUUGGAUAUGGAUGACAUGGAUGCUGUCUACAGCGGCGCUGGACGCUUUUUGAAUGCAUACGACAGCGGGGGGAGGAUUAUCAAUUUUUUGGUCGGGGUACCGAAAGUGUACAAGACAGAUGCAGUGUGUGAUAUCUUCGGCUCAACCACUUAUUUUCAGCUUAGAAGAGCGUUUUAUAAUAUAAUGGUUGCUUUUCGUGACAACGCGGAGGUACAACGGCGUGGAGCAGUUGCCAUCGGCUGGACUGUUGGGAAUGUGAAUGGAACAGCUGGUGACAAUGCUGAUAUGAACUGGAAACUACCAAGGUUGCAUGAAGGGACUCCUAUGCGGGCAUCAGCAGUUCACUUGUGCUACACAGAUGACACUUGGAAGGACAGCAUGGCGGUAAUGAGAAGCGGUUUGAACAAGCAGAUCCAAGUGCGCGUCCGGGUUCAUCACGGCACAAUCCAAGAAUGCAUGCAACACUUACGGCGACAUGGAAUCAACCCAACAUCCAUCCCAGUCAAUGAAAAUGGGGAAAUUUCAGACCAGUUGGAAUAUUGUCGUCGACUGGAGCAACUGCGGAAGCAUGAGCGUCUGAAAUAUCCCCUUCGGCAUAUCAUUGGGGUUCCCUCGGCACAGGAUGUGCUUCUCGGCAAAGGCACUCCUUUUCAAAAUCAUGCUGGUAACAAAAGUCUUCGGCAGGUGGUCUCGGACCGAUACAAGGAGUAUGAAAAGGCCCAAAAAGGUUUAAAGAAGGUUAUUGCUAAAGAAAUCGUUGAUGCCAUCAGAGGCAACGGAGGCCUAUUUCUCAAGCAAGACGGGAAGAAAUGGAUCCCAGUCAACGGUGAAGUAGCGGUGUUGAAAGUCAGCGCUGCUUUUCGAACGUUGCGGCUGAAGGGCGGGACAAAAUAG